GCAGAAGCCGCAGCUCCUGCCAGCCCCUCCCGCCGUCGCCAUUCCUCGCCCGCCCGGCUCUCUCCUUCCCUCCCUCCCCGGGGCCUCUCGCCUCCGGAUCGCUCCUUCCUCCCCAUUCCUCCCUUGUUUUUCCUCCCCCCUUUCUCCUCCUCCCUUCCCCGUCUCUCUCUCCCCGAUCACUCGGUGUUUCCCGCCCUCGCUCCUCACGGCGGUCAUCUGUCGUCCUUUGUAACUUGGCAGUCUCGUCUUAUCCUGUGACCAAAGAUCUGACUACUUUGUACAUCUUCUGCGUAUUACCUUGACCUGCAAGAACUCUUCUCACCAUGGACACUGGUGUUAUUGAAGGAGGAUUAAAUGUUACGUUGACAAUCAGGCUGCUCAUGCAUGGCAAGGAGGUUGGAAGUAUAAUUGGAAAGAAAGGAGAAUCUGUGAAAAAGAUGCGUGAGGAGAGUGGGGCCCGGAUAAACAUCUCAGAAGGUAAUUGCCCUGAACGAAUUAUCACUCUUGCGGGACCUACAAACGCCAUCUUCAAAGCAUUCUCUAUGAUCAUUGAAAAACUGGAAGAAGAUAUUAGCAGCUCUAUGACAAAUAGUACUGCAUCCAGCAAACCACCUGUGACGCUGCGUCUUGUGGUUCCUGCUAGUCAGUGUGGCUCCCUAAUUGGGAAAGGCGGUUGUAAAAUUAAAGAGAUUAGAGAGAGCACAGGGGCUCAGGUCCAAGUGGCUGGAGAUAUGCUUCCCAACUCAACAGAGCGUGCAAUCACUAUAGCUGGCAUUCCUCAGUCCAUCAUUGAAUGUGUCAAGCAGAUAUGCGUUGUCAUGCUGGAGUCUCCUCCAAAAGGAGUUACCAUCCCAUAUCGACCUAAGCCUUCCAGCUCUCCGGUUAUUUUUGCAGGUGGUCAGGUUUCACGCCAGCCCGGAGGGCACGCAUGUGAGACUGACCUGUGGGAGGGGCGAAGGUCCCACACAGGGGGGGUCUCCCUAGAUGCUGUGGAUCUCCAUGGGGCCUACACCAUUCAAGGACAGUAUGCCAUUCCUCAGCCUGAUCUGACCAAGUUGCACCAGCUGGCAAUGCAACAGUCUCACUUUCCUAUGUCUCACAGUGGCAACACCGGAUUCAGUGGAGGCAUUGAUGCAUCGGCUCAAACCACUUCUCACGAACUCACCAUUCCAAAUGAUUUGAUCGGUUGUAUCAUUGGACGUCAAGGAGCUAAAAUAAACGAGAUUCGUCAGAUGUCUGGGGCACAGAUUAAAAUUGCUAAUCCUGUGGAAGGUUCUACUGAUCGACAAGUGACUAUCACUGGAUCUACAGCCAGCAUCAGCUUGGCCCAAUACCUUAUCAAUGUCAGGCUUUCCUCAGAAGCUGGUGGCAUGGGAAGCAGUUAAACAUCUUCCAACAUCACUCUCCUGUAUAGAUCACUGUCAGUCUGCAUAGCCCUGCAAACUUUUUUUUUUCUCUUUCCCAGGUUUUAACUAGUUUGCAAACUUUUCAGUUCCCUUGUGCUUUCCCUCAUCCACUCAAUGUUUUUUUUU